CCUAGGCUGUACGGCGUCUGACGUCACGACGCUGCCGAGAGAGGAGGCGAUGAGAGGAGGAAGGUGCAAUAAACACACAGGGCGUCUGCGCCUAUCUAAGUAGGACAAUAAAGUGAAAACGGCAUCAAUGCUCUAACAAUGGAUUUGGCAGAUAUGCUUCUUCUCAAAGUUGUUCUCUUCGUUUACUUACUAAACAACACCCAAGGACACUAUAGAAAUCCACUGAACAAAUACAUCCGUCACUAUGAAGGCCUGUCCUACGACGCAGAGCUUGUGCACAGCGACCAUCAGAGGGCCAAGAGGGCGCUCUCCCAUGAGGACAGGUUCCUUCAUUUAGAGUUCCAUGCCCAUGGAAGGCAUUUUAAUUUACGAAUGAAGAGGGAUACCAAGUUGUUCUCCCAAGAUUUAAAGGUGGAGGUUUCAGGACAAGAGGUUCCAUAUGAUACCUCUCAUAUCUACACUGGAGAAAUCUAUGGUGAGAAAGGUACCCUAACCCAUGGUGCCAUUGUGGAUGGUAAAUUUGAGGGCUUUAUUCAAAGCUACCACGGCAACUACUACGUGGAGCCUGCAGAGAGGUACCUCGGGGAUAAGGAUGUGCCCUUUCAUUCAGUCAUCUACCACGAAGAUGACAUACACUACCCGCACAAGUACGGCCCAGAGGGAGGCUGUGCUGAUAGCUCUGUGUUUGAAAGGAUGAAGAAGUACCAAGCCACUGCCAUCGAGGAGCCACCCAAGUACAACUCACAGCAGGAGCUCCACACCGAGACAGCCUUUAAUGAACCCGUGCUGCUGAGGAAGAAGAGGAUGGCCCAGGUGGAGAAAAACACCUGCCAGCUUUUUAUUCAGACGGACCAUCUCUUCUACAAGUACUACAAGACCAGGGAGGCCGUCAUCGCUCAGAUCUCCAGUCAUGUCAAGGCCAUUGAUGCCAUCUAUCAGGGCACAGACUUCAUGGGCAUUCGCAACAUCAGCUUUAUGGUGAAAAGGAUCAGGAUUAACAUGACCAAUGACGAGAGGGACCGGUCCAACCCUUUCCGCUUUGCCAACAUUGGGGUGGAGAAGUUCCUGGAGCUGAACUCGGAGCAGAACCAUGAUGACUACUGCUUAGCUUACGUUUUCACAGACAGGGACUUUGAUGAUGGAGUGUUGGGUCUUGCUUGGGUCGGAGCCCCUUCAGGGAGCUCCGGAGGCAUAUGUGAAAAAAGCAAGCUGUACUCAGACGGAAAGAAGAAAUCUCUCAACACUGGUAUAAUCACUGUACAGAACUACGCCUCCCACGUACCUCCCAAAGUCUCCCAUAUCACUUUUGCACAUGAAGUAGGCCACAACUUUGGCUCCCCGCAUGACUCUGGAUCUGAGUGCACCCCUGGGGAAGCCAAGAGCCAAGACAAGAAGGAGAAGGGCAAUUAUAUCAUGUAUGCAAGAGCUACAUCCGGAGACAAGCUUAACAAUAAUAAGUUCUCCAUCUGCAGCGUGCGUAACAUCAGCCAGGUGCUGGAGAAGAAAAGGAGCAACUGUUUUGUUGAGUCUGGCCAGCCCAUCUGUGGUAACGGCCUGGUAGAGCCAGGAGAGGAGUGUGACUGUGGCUACAGCGAUCAGUGCAGAGACCAGUGCUGCUACGACGCCAACCAGGGUGACAACAAGUGCAAGUUGAAGCCUAACAAAGUCUGCAGUCCCAGCCAGGGUCCUUGUUGUACUGCCGAGUGUUCGUACAAGGGCCGCAACGAGAAGUGCAGGGAGGAUUCAGAGUGCGCCCACCAGGGCAUGUGUAACGGAGUGAGUGCACAGUGCCCCGCAUCCGAGCCCAAGGCCAACUUCACCGCCUGCCACGGAGAGACUCAAGUCUGCCUUAACGGAGGCUGCUCCGGCUCCAUCUGUGAGAAGUAUGGACUUGAGGCGUGUACGUGCGCCAGCCAAGAUGGCAAGGACGAGACCGAGCUGUGCCACGUUUGCUGCAUGGAGAAGAUGAAUCCCAACACGUGCAGCAGCACAGGAUCAGAGCGGCUGGCCCGUUUCUUCAAUAAGAAGGUGACCACGCUGCCAGCCGGCUCGCCCUGCAACGACUUCAAGGGCUACUGUGACGUGUUCAUGAAGUGCCGUCUGGUUGAUGCAGAUGGACCGCUGGCCCGGCUGAAGAAGGCCAUCUUUAACCCCGAGUUCUACGAGAACAUAGCGGAGUGGAUCGUGGCUCAUUGGUGGGCAGUGUUGCUGAUGGGUAUUGCUCUCAUCAUGCUCAUGGCUGGCUUUAUUAAGAUUUGUAGCGUGCACACUCCGAGCAGUAACCCCAAACUUCCUCCUCCUAAACCACUUCCAGGCACUCUGAAGAGGCGGCGAGCGCAGCAGCACGCUAACUCCCAGGUGCAGCACCAGUCUCAGCACCCGCACUCCCACCAGCACGGAGGGCACGGAGCGCACGGCGGCCAGCGGCAAGCUCAGAGGCAGCCUCAACGGCAGCCACAGCGGCAGGCGCAGCCCCAGAGGCACCACCGCCAGCCCCGAGAGAACUAUCAGAUGGGCCAGAUGAGACGCUGAGACCCUGCAUCCCGCCCCCCUCCCUCCAAUGCCUUGGCUCCUCCUUGUGCCUACAGUGGGAAACAAAAAGCGUCACUCCAUCCAAAGAAAAGCCUGACAUGGUUGUUAGUCAUCAUCAUAUCAUCCUCCAUCGAAACAGACACGUGAAAAAGAGAAAACACUAUCUAGCAACUCGAUUGGCUCUUUGUGGAGUGGACUCGACCAUCAGCCAUUCCCAAAUGCAGUGUGAUCUAGCAUCUUUUUUUUCCACCUCUUCGUUUUUUUUCUUUUUAAGGAGUGCCAAGGAGUUAAGGAAUCAUGUGUAGCUUUAGUACAUUCUGUGAUGUGUGUUUUUUUUUUUUGUUCUAUUGCAACGUCUUCUUUGAGUGACACGCCCGUGGCUGCUGGUGAAUUGUUCUGUGCUAUUUUUUUUUUUUCCUUUUUCUUUUCACCAUUCUAGCCAGGAAUGAGAGACACUCAGUGGGGAUGUGCGGCACUUUUGUGAUUUUACACAUGUCAAACGGCAAAAAGACACAGGCUCCGGUCUCUGGUGCAGACAGCCCUCUGCAUGUGACUGUACAUAUUUAGUGUAUCAUAAGUGAAAACAAACUAUUUCUUCUACUGUAAAUGUGUAAUUCUUCACUUUUUUUUCUUUUGAUUUUUCAGUUAGUGCUCUCAGGACUCUAAACACAUUAUUGAAGGAAUGAUGGUUGUGAUGAGUUCCUUGGACGACGACAUUGUAGGAGGAUUUGACGCCAUCGAGUUCUCUUCGCAGUCGUCCAAUCAGGUGGAUCUCUGUCACUAUCGUUAGUUUACUAGAUUUGGAUUUUGAAGAUCACCAUAUCCCACUUUUCAGGCCUUCUUUGUUCAAGGUCCCUUUUUCAUCUUUUUUUUUUUUACUGUCUUUCUAACAUCAUGUUUCACUCAUGUUGUGUAACAAGCUAGAUGAGCGAAGGAGUCGUGGGAACAGAAAGGGAUAAGAGGUCACCUAGUUUGGUACUCCUUUUUGAUGUCUUUAUUGAUUUUGUUUUGAUAAUGAAGAAUGAAUAACCACUAACUGAAGCUGAUGAAGACGAUGAGUCGACCUGUUUCUGAUACGAAGACGAGGGGAAGGUGAAGGCUGCUGUGGCUUAGUUUAGAAGUGAGAGUCUAUCAUGUUACAGAGUUAGUUUACAUGAGUGUUGAAAUAAAUUUAAAAACGACUCCAGUGUGUGGAUGUACAAAAAAAAUUGUAAGAUUAAAUCAUUCUAUUAUUCUUCAGAUAGCGAAUCUAAGAACUUUUCAAUGUGGGCAUGCAGACACAUUUAUUAAAUGUGACUAUUAAAUGACCAAGGUCUGUAAUAUUUAUAUGUCACUCAACACUAUUUACUUUGACAGUUGUUAAUGUUAGUCUUAAAAGAAGCGGGAGGGGCGGAGCAUCGCAGCAGUAUUGUCACAGUAUUCACACAUUCCUCAGUGUGUUCACGGUGUUCACGGGAGACGAGCUGCUGAUGUCUGGUUUACUUUAUAAAACUCACCUGCAGUUACACCCGGGUCAGAUUUCAUCAUCCCCUUGAGAGCUCAUGAGUGCAGCCGUCAGUGCGAGUUUACAUCAGUGUGCCGGGAAACUUUCUACGGCAAAGGUUUUCAUAAAAUGCAGGAUGCACUUCCUGCCAAGCUUCUGGAGCCACUUUAAAGCAAAGACAUGAAGGAGAGACAUGAUUUUUUUCUCUUCACUUUUAUUUUGAUUUUGGUGGGAUUGUUUGACCUCAGGUGUUUUCUUCCUCCCCUCGCUGCAUCACAGCAUAAGGGGCACUCUUGGAGGAGAUACUUUGAUAAUACUAACCAAAAGGAUUUUAAAAUCUGGUCAUGACGUCCCAGGAUUUGUUUACCAUGCAAACAUCUCGCCCACGAGUAGGAUUAUGAGAGUGGGCGUAAAGUUUGGCGCAGGCAAAAAACAACUUGUGCAUUCUGCAUUCAAUACUCAACGAAGGAUGUUUUUCCUGUGUGUGCUCUUACUCUAUUUGAUCCUGGAAUUCUUUUUUUCUAAAUGCAUGCAAUAGUAAUCACAGCUAACACUAUCCUGAUGGUUGUUAGUCACACAUGUGCUCUAGAGGGGACGUAUCAAGGUGUCUCACAGUCGACAGUUUAUCUCACAGGGCAGAUUAAUCAGGCAGGUCAGCAGUUGCUAAAACUUCUCAUGUCUGUACAAAAGCGGAGCUCUUUUUAAAAUUUCAUCUCCCGGGCCAGAUCACAGGCGUUAGUGCUCGGAGAAUUUACAUGUAAACUUGUACAGUACUUCCGAAAAAUUAGCAUUUCAUUUGAAAAUGAAAAAUUACAUUUUGAUACAUCUGUUCCAUUUUUUUGUAUUCUAAUUCCAGAGUAAGUUGUUCAAAGAUGUUCAUAUGUGACAAACUUUCCUUUCUGCUAAGUUAUUUUUGUUCUUCUGUGUGCUAGUUGAACUGGAGUUUGCUUACAAUACUUUUUCUCCACCAUCGUCUGCAGUUAAAAACAAUUCAGGGUGAUGGAGUUAAUGUUACAUUCUCAUUUUUGUCUUCGUUAUCCUGUGGCAUGGUUUGGGUAGAAGAGCAGAAGAAUAAUGCCUGUAAAUUUUACUUUCUUUUUAAUUUCGUAGUCUUGGUAAAUAAAAAAAGUUUUUAGAUAAACGUGCACUGAAAAUGUCCAAAUUGAGUUGAAAUGUUGUAGGUGAUGUAGGCCGAAAGAACACAAGAUUAAAAGUAAUACUACUGUCUGAUUUUAAUGUUCACUGUGUUUUAUACAGUAUCGGAAAUUUUUGUUCACUUUGAACAUUUUUACUAAAAAAAAAAAGAUUUCAAAUUGUAUUGUGCAAAGAGAUGUAAUUUUUGGAGUACUUGAAAUGCAUUAAUUAAAAGACUCGUUCAAAAUAAAAUAGACCCGUGUGUA